UUUUUAAUUGAAAAAGUGCGGUAGUUUUGGGAGGGAGUCUAUUUUGGUGUGCAAAAACGUACGACUUUGUGUCCGGUCCCGUGUCGCGGUUUAAUUUACGGCGGUGACGCACUCCCUUCGGUGCAUCUCUGUUCAAUCCCCGUGUCCAGUUUAUUUGUGCGUCCGUGGUUUUUUUGGUUCGCGAGCGGAUCGAUUUCGCUGCAGCGCUAACCGUGAUCUCAACCGCUUGACCACGACGACGGUGGCGAUCGCUCGGCCUACGAGGAUCGGCUGCCCGCUGCACACGCAAGCGAGAAGAAAGUUUCUACGUGGUACGCCCCCCUUUCCCCAGAGUUGACCACGCUUUCCACGCUCGUCCAGUUCCCCGUCCACUUCCAGUCGUUCGUGUGUGUUUGGAUAAAUUUAGAGAAAUCGAUCGCGACGCGCAGCUUCCUUCUCAUCGUCGCCGUCGUAGCCGUCGUUGUGGUGACCUAGGCCGCGCCUACGCGAUCAGCGCGACUGCUGACGACAACGGAACCGUGUUCUACGCAAGCUGCUGAAACGCCCUACGACGCGAUGGUCGUCCACGGUGAUCACGCUGACCAGCGGGGCAAAUAGGAGGGGAGAGUAGUUGGAUGAUACUGCCGUUGGCCGUCGGUCGAGGUGUAUUUCGUCCGAAUUGUCCGUGAAAGAGGGCAGCAAAAAGUGCGAAGCGGCGUUGCUGCCGAUGUUGAAAGUGAAGCAAAAAUGCGGUGUAACUGCAACGGCACAACCGCUGCUAGCGCUGCAAUCGGCACGCUCAAGUCAUCGCCACCAGCAACCCAAGCGAAUCCAUCACCCAGGUUCGACCGGCCGUGCGUCCGCCCUGCUGCUACCCCAUCGUCCGUGCUGUGUAGCAGCAGCAGCGAAAGGGUAACAACGGUCGGUAGGCACGCCGCGCGGUAGCGGUCAGCAGAGUACGUGCAGUGUACCCUGAGGUGCGUGCGCUGCCCUCACACUCCCCGCCCCCCUACGCUCUCCAUUACUUUACGGUGCAACCUGCACAUGCACCAGCAGCAGCAGCAGCGGCGUCGGAGGCAACGGUGGUAGCGGCAGCCUAGCAACGCGCGAGCGAGUGCGUGAGUGUGUCUCCCCCCGGGAGAAGCGGGAGAGAAGCGAUCGAAUGUCAAGCGCAAGCGGUGUGUAAUUAGCCUGCUACGACGAAUGUUGAUUGUUUGAAAAAAAAGGGAGGAAAAGCGAAGAAAACAACGCCGAAAGAGCAUUCCUGCAGCGAUCGUGCGACCGUGGAUCGUUUUACCGCCCCGUACCGGUGCCCGCGGUGACCGUGGUGGUGGAUUGUUCGUUCGUUCGUCUUUAUUUUUUUGUUGGUUUGUUCGCUCUGUGUUUUUAUUAAUUGCAAUAGAACACUCUCGUGGCGCCCCUGAGAAGCGCUUAGUGUGUGCAACGCAUCGGGAGUCCACCGUGAGGGCACCGAGGCCGCAAAAGAACCAAAAAAGGAAGAUACCACGAGGGGCGCGUACGCCGGAGAAAGUGUGUGCGUUUGUGUCUGUGCGUGUGCUCUGUGUGUGUGGAGGGAAAAGAGGUUGUAGAAAGGCACGGGACGCAGCAGGGGGAGAAGUAGGUUGCUCGAUCAGAUUAAAGCCGUGACCGCGGUCCGGCUUAGCCCCCUACCCCCACCCCACGCUAGUCCAAGUGGAGUGAAGAAGCCCUUCUUGCGACGACCGAAGUUCGGGGGCUUCCGAGAGCUUCAAAAUGCCGUUCAAACUGAAGCUGAAGAAAUCCCGCCACUACAAUGUCAUGUCCAAGAGCCUGUUCGUCAUAUCGGUCGAUCAUCUGGAUUCCUCCACCAAGAUCGACUGUACGCUCAGCUCGGAAAGCACGGGCCAAGAGUGUCUGGAGAAUGUGUGCCAACGGAUAUCGAUCCAGCAGCCGGAGUUCUUUGGUCUUCGAUACGUGGUGAAGGGUACCACCGAUGAGCUGCGAUGGGUCGACCUGGAGAGGCCGUUAAGCCGCCAGCUGGAGAAGUACUCUGCCAACACUAAAGUGCUGCAUCUGCGAGUGAUGUACUACGUACUGUCGGGCGUUAGCUUGCUGCACGACGAGGGAACGCGCAACUACUACUUCCUGCAGCUGAAGCACGACGUGGUAGAAGGGCGCAUCAGCUGUGACCCUCGGCAAGCCGUCAUUCUGGCGAACUAUAGCCGCCAGGCGGAGUAUGGCAACCAUCAGGAUCGGCACACCGUCGAGUAUCUGAAAACGUUGCUUGCCUUCCCGCACGACAUGGUACGAGCGAACCUGCUCGAGGCGCUCACGGAACAGGUGAUUCAGCAGGCACACGAGCUGCACAACGUGACGCAAGGGGACGCCGAGAGCCUGUACAUAUCCGCCUGCCAGCAGCUCGAUGGCUACGGCCAGGAAACGUUCACGGCAAAGAACGAGAACGGGUCGGAGGUGAUGCUAGGAAUCUCGGUGUCAGGUAUUAUAGUGGCAAGCGACGAGAACCGCUUCUACCCGUGGCGUGACAUCACGAACGUGGUGAACCACAAGCGGUCGUUCAACAUCGAGUGCACGGUACCGCGCGAGAGUGCCGGCUUCACGGUGGCUGACGUCGCGACGGGACGCUACAUUUGGAAGCUGUGCGCUCUGCAGCACCGGUUUUUCGUGUCGUAUGAGCAAAACCAAACCCACGCCAGCCAGGCGAAUCUGAAUCUGUUCCAGAAUAUGGCCGAUAACUUGAACGACAGCCGGGAUGAUCUGUUAGCCGAGCAGCAGUAUCAUACUUCCUCGGCGCACCCUAGCCCAUCACCGGCAGGUUCACAGACGCCAUCCGCCACCGGGAUAGUGUACUCGAGCAAUAUGACUGGAUGGCCGGGAGCGCAUCCGGUUAGUAGUAAUAGCAUGUGGAAUAAUGCACCCCCAUCUAGUGCACUGGUAGAAACUCAGCCGUCCGGAGGAGGGUUGAUGUCAUCGAGCAUUGCUUCAAUCGCCACCGGUGGUAGCAUUGGCAAUCUGAACGCUAAUCCAGCCCCCAACAUGAUGCAAUCCUCGCGUACGUCACUGCAAGCGUCCAAUUUGGAUAUUAAUCUCAACUCGGCGCAACAGGGGGCUGGUUAUGCGAAUCAGAUGAACUCGUCGAGUUGGGGUCUUGCGCCCCUAAACCCGGCCAUUGGUGGUUCGAACGCGUCGCUCAUCAACCGUGCCCAAAGCUCGUCCUGUCUUGAUCUGAGCAACAACAAUCUGACUCCUGAUCGGGAGCGAUUGAAGGCAAUGCUACCAACGUAUCGCCCAGCACCGGACUACGAAACGGCCGUACAGCAAAAGUAUCGAUCGAGCAGCAACGACGUACGGCUCGUGAACGGCAGCCUAUUGCAUCUGGCCGCACCGCAGAUGUCGCUCUCGGAUCAACAGCAUCAGGUGGCGCAGGCGGCCGUUGCAGCAGCUGCUGCCCACCAACUUGAUUACAGCAUAAGCGGCAGUCAACCGGACGUAUCUUCAUACUAUGGUCAGCAUCUUCAACAGCAACAGCAGCAGCAGCAACAGCCGUAUCCAGAUGUGACGCACCAUACGACGACACACCACAUUAUCGGUCCACACUAUUCCGAUGCUUCCGACUAUGGUCUCACGCAUCGGUUUAAGAUGAUGAGGCUUGUCAAACCUCCACCACCGUACCCGGCCAACCGGCUCAGUUCGACGUCAACGCCCGAUUUGGCUUCGCAUCGGGCGCUGCUAGGGCUACGCAGUGCUCAGGUAUCUGGUUCCAGUCCGGAUCUCGUCUCUACACGUCCACCUCCACUGCUGAACCAUCAUCAUCCACACCAUGGCCUUGCUCAGCAUCAGCUUCUGCAUCACCUUUCGCAAAGUGGACAACUGUGCUACCCGGCGCACAACCAACACCAUCCGCAGCAACACCAGCUGCAUCAUUCACAAACCAUGCUUCCACACGGAACGUACGAGAAUCUGAACUUUAUCGAAUCCAACUCGAAUCCCCCGCCCGGUGGUGGUGCUGGUGGCGCUAGUAGUAUGAUAGGAUCAUCGGUGGUCGGUCAACCGGCCGGAAACGUGUUCUACUACGUUCCGGGCGGUGUCGAACAUCUACUGAUUACCAAUGGUGGCCAGGGUGAGUCAACGGUGCCAACGGGAGCGACCUAUCAUUCCAACGGACCGGCCACACUUCCCGCUAAGGUGCAUCUGAAUAGAUCCUCGCAGCAUAUCAAUGGUUCUAUCGAGCCGAUCUACGAGAAUGUACCGCUACCAUGGAAGAAUGAAAACACUCCCGGGGGAGAGUUGAUGGGUGUGAAUCCGAUACGAAACCGAACGUCAAGCGUACCCAGCGCUCGACCUAUACCGCAACCACAGAGCAACACAAACGCAGUAGCAUCGACUCAGGAACGAGAUCUACAGACCCAGUCAUCAACCCAGGCGACGGGAGUACUGCAGAGCAUAUUGCAGGCAAAGAUAAACGAAAGUGGUGGCAGUACGACCACGAUGACAACGUCAGGAUCAUCAUCAACAGCUGCAUCAGCAGUAGCAACGGCAACAGUAGCUCCUGGUGCCGCAUCAUCUACGCCAACGAUCAAUCGUUCUCUGUCGUCGAAUAAUGCGCUCGACUCUUCACAAUACUCACUCGAUGAAACUGCACAGACCACAGCUACCGCAAGCGGUGCCAGCAACGUUGGGGUUGGUGUGUUGCGAAACGGUCACAACGAUUCCGGCAUUAGCUCCAUCACGACAGGCUCGACAAACUUUGGAGGGAGUAGCAAUGGUGGCGGCGGUGGUGCAGGUGGUAGCAGUAAUAAUACCACACUCACCACCAAUGCUAGCCGGAAUGUGACGUUAGCUUCGAACGUUUCCAGCAUCACCGCAUCACCGGCUACCUCCUCGGUGAAGGAAACGAAACGAAGGCGUUUCUGGGAGAUAUUGGGCGGUGGACGAUCGAAAAGCUCCUCGGACAAACAGAAGAGCGCCACGCUCGGUCGAGAGAAGGAUCGCAAGAAAGCGGGAAAGGAUGGUAAUGUUUUGGAUACGACAAGCAGCAGCAGCACCGUAGAUGGGACUUCGGUGGCGAUGAAUGACUCGAUGAAUGAAAGCGGCAGUGGUCAGCUGAGGCAUCGAUGGUCAACAGGUUUACCGCGAUUGCAGCCUUUGCCAGCCAACAUCAGCAAGGAAAAAUUGUGCUCACUGCUCGAAUCGAAACUGGCCGACCCUCAGCUGUACUGUGAGUUUGAGCGGAUACCGAAACGUAGCGAUAGUGCCACCUAUAACUGCGCGCUGGCCGAGGAGAAUCGCAAUAAAAACUUCGAUCCAACCUUCCUACCGUACGAUACCAACCGUGUUCGUCUAACGCCUACGCGGGACAAUCGAAUGGGCUACGUUAAUGCCUCACACAUAACGAGCACCGUCGGCAAAAAGCAGCGGUUCUACAUAGUCGCCGAAAGUCCAAACGAUACGCACACGACGCACAUCUUCUGGCAGUGCGUCUGGGAGGCGGAUGUGUAUCUGCUGGUGCAACUUUCCAAAGAGCUAAACUAUAUCCCGCAAACCAGCGAGCGAUGCCUUGAGUAUGGGCAGUACCAGGUGUGGCGAGAAUUUUCACAGGAAACUGAUCGCUGCACCACGAGCAAGCUGCGAGUGUACCACACGCAAAGCCGUCGGUACCGCUCGGUUUGGCAUCUUUGCUACACGGAGUGGGCCGAUCAAAACUGUCCCGGUGACGUGGGUCACUUUUUGGGAUUUCUGGAAGAGCUGAGCUCAGUACGAUUGGCUUCGAUCGCUGAGGUACCGCCAUCGCACAACACCAAUCCUCCCGUGCUAAUUCACUGCAACGAAGGUGGCGGUCGCACGGGCGUCACACUGGUGGCCGAUCUAUUGCUCUACACACUGGAUCACAAUCAGGACCUCGAUAUACCUCGACUGAUUGGCCAGAUCCGGCAGCAGCGGGACAACAUCAUACCUUCGCUGGCACAGUACAAGUUCAUCCAUGCACUGCUCAUUCACUACCUACGACAAAACAGACUGAUCUGAUGAGUUUACAGCAGCUACUACUGGCAGUCGGGUGCUUUUUUUACAUAGACCUCACUAGUCGCUAAACGUUGUCAGUACAGACACUUAUCGAGUUAUGACGAUCUUUUCCCUGGUCGUCUGAACGUGCCUUACCAUGGUCAACCGGAUCAUAGCACAAGCGGUGCUGUUAGAUAGAUGGAACGAAUGAACGAAACUUCCUAGCACCAUAAAAGCACCACUUAUGCCGAGGCCCCUGCGAUGCAAAAAGAAUAAGAUAGGUCGACCAAUAAGAUCCUUGAUAAGGUCAGGGCAUGAUUUGAGUAUACAAAGAGAAUAACGUAACAGUAUAUCUACUAACUGUAUAGCUAGAGCGCAACAGCUUAGCUUUGAUCCAUCGAUAGUAUUGUCCGCAACUAGCUACCAGCAGUAAAUGCGACCUUUUAUUCUAUUGAAAAUCGUCAAAAAAUGCCGACGAUGAAUGAUCCCUCCAAAGAUCCAAAAUAGUAAAAUUUAAAUUUUAAGACUUACGCUGAUUAGGCGGUUAAGGAUGUAUUAACGAUUAAAAUUGUUUUAAAAAACGAAAAAAUGCUUCUGAGUAAGAUUAGAACGUGGAGAAGAAUGGUCAUCUAGGUGCGUAUGUAAGUAAUUGUCUCUCCUAGGCAUUCGGUUUAUGGUGCGUUCAAAUUAACUGUGCAACAUAAAAGUAUUUCCCCCUUUCCUCCGAUACUUUUGCUUUAGUAUUUAGGCAUUAUUUAUGUACACUAUGUCUUCAUGUAAUUGUGUAAAUCUGUAUUAGAGAAAAGAGAAAAAAUUGAUUAUAGGUCCAAUAAAUAGAAAAACUCAUAGAGAGAGAAUGCGGUCUUCGCUUCGCAAUGUAAAACAAGUAUUUCUUUUGUUUUG